AUGGGCAACCAAGUGUCGGCAGAGCCCUACGAGGGUCCACCUAUUAUUCUCGAAGGCCGGGAUAUACCGUCGCUGGCCAAGUACAUCAAGUCGAGUGCAUGCACGAACGUCUUCUUCAUGGUGGGCGCCGGGCUGAGUACCGCGGCGGGCAUACCCGAUUUCAGGUCCCCGGAAACUGGCUUAUAUGCCAAUCUCGCCCGCCUGAACCUUCCAUACCCUGAAGCUGUCUUUGAGAUCUCCUUCUUCCGCGAGAAUCCGGAACCAUUCUAUGCCCUUGCGAAAGAGUUGGAUCCGGCGAGCUACCGACCAACGCUCUCCCACUCGUUCAUUCGGCUAUUCACGAAGCCCCCGCCUCCUGCGCAGCAUGUCAAGAUGAAGAUGUGCUUCACACAAAAUAUAGACACGUUGGAACGCAGGGCCGGAGUACCGGACAACAAGAUUGUCGAAGCGCACGGAUCGUUCGCAGAUCAGCAUUGCAUCGACUGCCAUGCUCCUUACGAAAGCGACAAACUACGCGAGAAGAUACUGAAAAGUGAGAUUGCAAAGUGCGAGCAAUGCGGCGGCCUCGUCAAACCAGACAUAGUAUUCUUUGGAGAAGCUCUUCCGCAACGGUUCGCAGCCUGUGCCCCGAUGCUGCGGUCCGCAGACUUGCUGAUCAUCAUGGGCACCUCGCUCAAGGUGCACCCGUUCGCAAGCCUGACGCAAUACGUGGACUGCCCGCGCGUCCUUAUCAACCUUGAACCCGCCGGAGACAUAGGGACCCGACCAGACGACGUGCUUCUCCUCGGAAAGUGCGAUGAUAUCGUGCGCGAGCUGUGUCGCGAGCUCGGGCCCGAGUGGGAAGCGGAGCUUGACCGACUCUGGGCGGAGACCGCCCCUGAUGCCGCUGUUCCGUCCGGCUCUGAGAAGGAGGAAAUGGACGAACAGGCGGCGGAGAAACAUGCGGAGAAGGGUCCCGCUGACGAGGUCGACUCGCUCGUGGAAGCCGUCGAAAAGGCGUUGGACCUAUCAUCAUCGAAUUCGAAUUCGAGUCCUAACGAGGCUGGGAAGGAGGGAGAGCAGGUUUCGUCGUCAGAGUUGAAGCCGGAAGAUGUCGAAGCGAAAGCAGAAGAGCAUGGCAAGCUCGUGGAUGAGGCGCAGGCAAUCGCAGCGCAAACUGUCGCCGACCCACCCUCGAAACCCGUAGAACUUGUCCAAGCGAACGUUGAGGAUGGGCACGCAGAGGACAAAACAACAGCCCAGACGGUGGAUAGAUCCGAAGACGUCCCGGGAAAGUUGUAACAUGCAUUGUAUGGUGGAUAGGUCGGGGAGUCGUGUUAUGCGUAUGUUCAGCAAUUCUGUAUCUCUGCUUUGUUUGUUACUACAUCCUUGUACACGCUUUGAGCUCUGAGGCAAUAUGUAGCCGGACCAUUAUAUUUAUACACCUUGGGUCCCACAGCGCUGGGAAAC